ACGUUCUUUCUUUUGGCCAUUUCCUUGAGCUUGCCACGCUGCGAUUUUUCGGCCUGCGAUUGCAGUGAAAGUUCGUUCACGAAAUCUUGUACUUUCCACAAAAUUAAUACAAUGGCUCACCGAGAAAGAACCUUUAUUAUGAUCAAACCCGAUGGUGUUCAGCGAGGGUUAAUUGGGAAAAUUAUUGAAAGGUUCGAAAGUAAAGGCUUUAAAUUAAUUGCAAUGAAAUUCAUGCAGGCAUCUCAAGAACUUCUGGAGAAACAUUAUGCUGAUUUAGCUGGUCGACCUUUUUUUAAUGGUCUGGUUCAGUACAUGCAGUUAGGUCCUGUUGUUCCAAUGGUUUGGGAAGGUUUAAAUAUUGUGAAAACAGGAAGAGAUUUAAUUGGAGCAACCAAUCCAAUGGACUCUGCUCCAGGAACCAUUCGAGGAGAUUUAUGUGUUCAAGUUGGCAGGAACAUUAUUCAUGGAAGUGAUUCUGUGCCAAGUGCAGAAAAAGAAAUUGCAUUAUGGUUUACUGAUGCAGAACUAGCAAAUUAUGAACAUGCAUUAGACAAAUGGAUUUACGAAGAUAAUUAAUGUGUAGAAGAAUUUUAUAUCUGGAAUCUUCAACAAAAUAUGUAAUCUGUAGAUUCAUGUGAAUCAGUUUCUCAAAUAUUCCAGAAUAUUGUUUAAUCAUGAAAUUAAGUUUUUCUUUAUAUUUUAUGAAGAAAAUAAAUCUGAACAAAAUCAGAA